AUGGUGAUGGAAGAGACAUCAAAAACGACGUCGCCUAACUCAGUGGUAUCUGAGUUUGAAGGAACACUACUAAAGAGCAAUGAUCCAUUCUCUUACUUCAUGCUCCUUGCCUUUGACGCAUCUGGUGUGAUCCGUUUCACCAUCUUGCUGUUUCUUUGGCCAGUAACCACACUCCUCAACGUUUUCAGCUACAAAGACGCAUCUCUCAAGCUCAUGAUCUUUAUAUCAACGGCUGGUCUCCGCGAGUCAGAUAGCGAGCUGGUAGCUAGAGACGUCCUCCCCAAGUUCUACAUGGAUGAUUUGAGCAUGGACACGUGGAAGGUUUUGAGCUCGUGCAAGAAAAGAAUCGUGGUGACUAGGAAGCCUCGAGUUAUGGUGGAGAGGUUCGCUAAGCAGCAUCUUAAUGCUGAAGAGGUCAUCGGUACAGAGCUAAUCGUGAACCGGUUCGGUUUGUCACCGAAGCCUCAUCUAGGUCUUGGCAGACGACCUGCUUUGUCGGAUUCUACAACAUUCUUAUCGUUAUGUGAGGAGCAAAUUCAUGAACCGGUUCAGUGGAACAACCAAGUCGAGGUGCAGCCGCCCAAACCGGUAAUCUUCCACGAUGGAGGCCUCAUGAAGCGACCAACACCAGCCACGGCUCUCACCAUCCUUCUCUGGCUCCCAUUUGGAAUCAUUCUCGCAAUGAUAAGGAUCCUUGGUGCGUUCAUUGUCCCAAUGUGGCUCAUGCCUUAUGUCAUUAGCUUAUCAUUUUGCCGAGUCACCGUGAAGGGCAAGCCUCCGCCUAAGGCUGCAAACUCUGGUGGUGUGCUCUUUGUAUGUAGCCACAGAACUAUGAUAGAUCCGCUUGUGAUAUCUUAUACCCUCGGACGUAGCAUCCCUGCCGUUCUAAUAUCCGACCUCUCGCGGUUUUAUGACAUUUUGAGUCCUGUCCCUAUUGUACGGUUCAUCAGAAACCGUGAUGUUGAUGGGGCAAAGAUGAAGCAAGAGCUAGACAAGGGAGAUCUAGUGGUCUGUCCCGAAGGAUCCAUUUGUUAUCAACCUUUCGUGCUAAGGUUUAGCGCUAUGUUCGCGGAAUUAACAGACAGAAUAGUGCCUGUGGCGAUUAAUUGUAGAUUUGGAUUCUUCCAAAGGCCUCUAAGAAGUUGGAAUGGUCUCUACUUGAUCUUCUUAUUCAUGAACCCGACACUGGACUACGAGAUUACGUUCCUUGACCAGCUUCCGUUCGAGGCCACUUGUUCAUCCGGCAAAACCCCAUACGACGUUGCAAACCAUGUUCAGCGAAUCUUGGCAGAUACGUUAGGGUUCGAGUGUACUAACCUCGGGAGAAAGGCUAAGUACAAUGUUCUCACUUGA